AUGUCCGACGAAGAAGAAGAUGAUGUCAACUUCAAAGUCGGGCAUGAAAUAACCAGUGGUAAGGCAACAUACACUGUCGUUCGUCUUCUGGGUGAGGGAGGAUUCGGCGCCGUCUACCUGGUUAAGGACGACAAAGGAAAGCAAUGUGCAAUGAAAGUCGAGAGAAAGAUCGAAAAAAGAAAGCAUUCGAAACUCAAAAUGGAGAUUGCCAUUCUGAAAUUGGUCGGUACUGGAAAGCACUUCACUAAAAUUGUGGAUCGUGGCAAGAAAGAUAAGGAAGGAUUCUUCUUUUUGGUGAUGGAAUUGGUCGGAAAGAGUUUGGGCGAUUUGAAGUCGGAAAGAGCUGAGAAGGUAUUCUCGUUUGCCACGGGACUUGGAGUCGCCAGUCAAUGCUUGGAGGCAGUGGAAGAACUGCACAAGUUUGGAUUCAUUCAUCGUGAUCUGAAACCGGCCAACUAUGCAUGCGGGUUGGAUGAUAAGAAACAUCUCAUCUACAUUCUCGAUUUUGGAAUUGCUCGGAAAUUCUUGAACACCAAAAAUGAAUUGAAGACUCCAAGAGAAACCGUUGGGUUCAAGGGAACCGUUCGUUUCGCUCCUCUUGCAUGCCAUCGCAACUUCGAAAUGGGACCAAAAGAUGAUUGUGAAAGUUGGUUCUACCUUCUUCUGGAUCUGAUUCUGGUCGGUGGUCUUCCUUGGAGAAAACUCAAUGAAAAGAUGGACGUGUUGAAGUCGAAAGAGGAGUGUCGCAAAGAAAAGAGACACACCCUCUACACUGGAUUUAAGCAUUGGACUGAACUGAAUAAGAUCCUCGACUACAUCGAUUCUAGAGCCUACCAAGAUCGUGUAGACUAUCAGUUCAUCUACAAAUCACUUACUGAGGCAUGCACUUCUGCCGGACUCGACAUUGAUGCCCCAUACGACUGGGAAAACUCGAAGGAGAAAGACACCAGCAAGGAAAGCUCCAACUCGAAAUAG